GACAGACAGCGUGAUGGAGGAGGGAGAAAUGGACAGGGGGAGAGCAGAGCAGCAGAAUGCAGUCAGUGUGGACUGGAGCUCAUGGAUAUGCAGGAGGCUCAUCUCUCCAGAUCUCUCCAGCGAUACGGGAGUCAUUCAGUGCUUCAGCGCGAGGAAAACCAGACAUUUUAAUGACUUGGAAACUCGCUGAGAUAACUGGACAAGGACACCAUGCUGCUCUCAUAGCGCAAACUCCAGCUAAAGAAGGAGCUGGUCGGACGAUCUGGAAGCGCAGAACAGAGGCUGUGGGGGGAAAAGGAAGGGAGAUUUUAGCAGAGAUUGUAAACCCUUUUAAGGAAGACAUCGAGGAAGAUUUCAAACCUGUUUAAUAACUAUUUUAAAUACAUGAGAGGGAGAUUUCAAAGACAGUAAAGGAAGACAUUUUAGAGAGAUUUGUCAUCCAAAAUGUCAUCCUCUCCUGGAAUUGAGCUUCGUGAGCAUGUGGACCUGAUGUACAUCUCCAUCGAGACGGCCAUCGCCCUGGCGUCAGUUGUCGGGAACGUUCUGGUGGUCCUGGUGGUGUGUGUGAACCGGGCCCUGCGUGACACCACCUUCUGCUUCAUCGUGUCUCUGGCUGUGGCCGACAUCGCUGUGGGAGCCCUGGUCAUCCCGCUGGCAGUGGUGGUCAGCCUGGGACUCAGGACCCAGUUCUACACCUGCCUCUUCCUCUCCUGCCUCAUCCUCAUCAUCACUCAGAGCUCCAUCCUGUCCCUGCUGGCCAUCGCCAUCGACCGCUUCCUCAGGGUCAAGAUUCCCACCAGGUACAGCAUCAUCGUGACACAGACGAGGGCCUGGGUGGCAGUGUGUCUGUGCUGGCUGCUCUCUGCCCUCACCGGCCUAGUGCCCAUGCUGGGCUGGCACAACCAGGAGCCCCUGGGUAACCUUAGCGCCAGCGGCCACAUCGUCUGCCAGUUCACCAACGUCAUGCGCAUGGACUACAUGGUGUACUUCAACUUCUUCGGCUGGGUGGUGGUCCCGCUGAGUGUCAUGAUCGGCCUCUAUGCAGAGAUCUUCAGGGCCAUCCGUCGCCAGCUAAACCUUCGAGCCGAAGCCACCUGCGACACCAGCAAGUACUACCACAAGGAGCUGAAACUGGCCAAGUCUCUGGCGUUGGUGGUCGCUCUGUUCGCCAUCUGCUGGCUCCCGCUGCACAUCAUGAACUGCGUCACGUUCUUUUGCCCAGAAUGCAACAUGCCCAAGAUGGCCGUGUACGUUGGGAUCUUCAUGUCGCACGUCAACUCCGCCCUCAACCCGUUGGUCUACGCCUUCAGGAUCCAACGGUUCCGAGCCACGCUGAUCCAGAUUGCGCGCCGCUGCAUGCUGUGCAAGACCGCAGAGGCCAGUCCCUGCCCCACCAAUCCGCCGGCGCUCAUGGAGAAAUCAGCCGCCAACUUUAAGGGAUGACUUCUGUAGCUCGGUGGUUAGAGCAUUUGACUGCAGGUCAAGAAGUUGCAGAUUCAAAUGUCCCCCUGUACGUUUUGGGAUGAAAGAGUCUGCUAAACAAAUACAUUUUUUUUUUUUUAUCUCUGUGUGCCCCUUCCCAGUGAGCUGAUUUAUCGCUCCCCGCAGAUGAAUGAUGGGACUGGGGAUUGUGUGGAGUUCUUGCACAUCAAUAUUCUGACACACGGGACAUCGUGACCAGUAUAUUAAGAUCUGACGAUUCAUCUGUGAACGACAAUGGACUGCUCUGACUUAAUUUAAUGAGUUCAUCUGCGUCUCAUUCACACAUUCGACCGGGCUGGGAAGCAGGGCAUCUGUAGCUCGUACAAAUACACCACAACAGAGCCAACACGUGUGGAGAAACGUUCAUAUUUAUUGUGCUGAGUAGUAAUUCACAUUGAAUCAUGCUAUUGCCCUUCCGAUGGCAGACUUCAUUACACACAAACACGCAAACAAUUAUACAUCAGUCAAACAUGAAUGCCUUCUUCAAGUGGGAUGUGUUAUGGAGAAAAAAAAUCGGUUAAAUUGUUCCCUGGAUUCUUGUGCUUAAACAUCCAUUUGAAACAUGUUGGCUGCGAUGUACAAAGGAAAAUAUACUUGUUCCUCUUUAUACAGCUGCCGUGGUUUAUAUUUUUGAAAAGGUGAUGGUUUAGGAUUUUCUUUAAGGAUUGGCUCUAGAUCGACAUUGAUGCGGUAAAAUUAGGCUAUAUUACAUCAGAGGCACGCUACACAUAGACAAUCGUUUAAAGGCAUAGUUAAGUUAAGAUAUUUUCCAGUUUUUUUUCCAGUAUAAAAAUAAAAAUGUCCUCUAUAAACAUAUAGUGUUAGCUAAUGAAGCCCAUUGAGAGAUGUUUAUCAAAACAGGCAGUUUAGUGCUGGAGGAGUAAAUCUCACAUUUUUCCAGCCAAUUAUGUUCCAGCAACCCUCUUCCAGCCAAUUGCCUUGGGCGACAACAGUAGGCCUACCAAGUACAGCUUUAAGACGGUAGUCGGUUCAAGACCGUAUAAAUACCUAAACAAAACCAUGUACACAAACGAACAUGCCGGAUAAAAAGGUCAGACAGAUGGAGGCUAGCUAAUAAAUCUUUAGCUUGUUCUUGGAGCCGUAUUUUUUUUUUGGUGUGACAGGAUUGUAAAAGGGCUUCCAGGCAUUUUUUUGCUGGUUAAAGGGCGUGCUGAAUGCCAUGGUGAUGAAUAGAGAGGUUUUUCAAGGCUUUUGUCAGUUGUGCUUAGUCAUCAAUACGACUUCCCUGCGGCUAGUUUCUGUUAACUGAUCUAAGAUGCAAAUUGAUAUUCAUAGAGUGAACAUGAAGAAAAACCAAAACAAUUCCAGCCUGAUCAUCAUCUUUGAAAAUACAGAAAAACUGGAAAUAUCUUUAAAUUAUGAAAACAACAUGCACAGCAUAAUAGUGGAAAACACAUUCACUACACAUUUAGUAGCCUAAUUGAAUAACACAGCAAAGUGUAAAUCAGAUGUAGGCUAGUGGACUUUUGUCGAGGCUCGUAAGAAGACUAGUUAAAGUGACCCACUGACAUACCGUGGUGUUGAUCCUAUUGACCCAAAAUGGCUCUCUUGUAAGCUACACUUGUAAGCUCUCCUCUCUCUCCAUCUCUCUUUGUCUAUCCCCCUCCAUCUGCAUCUCUCCUCCACUCUCUUAUAUUGACUCAGUCACGUACUUCAUCUCCUCCCAUCUGUUACAUUGAGCAUGGCUUUCUGUCUAACUUCACAGAGGGAUUCCAAAGUGCUGAGUGUGUGUGAUAGUCCCCUUCAUCGGCUUAGCAAGGUGUACUAAUCAGCAGGCCACUUAAAGCCCUACCUUUGUCUACCACCUUCUCGUCCACGCUGCCCUCGGGCUACCACUGGGCCAACGCUUCUGUUCAACACAGGACAACACUGACACCUGGACAGGCUGAUUAGUCACGUUUUCGUUUUACAAAAAAAAUUACUUUGCAGACGUUGAAUUGAAAUUGAUAGCCUAUUUUAGCCAGUAACCAGACACAUUAAUCUGCUAGGGAGCUUACAGGGUGCAGGAGUCCCAUAGUGUAGGCUACCGCACCAUCUGCCUGGAAAGGAUUCACUAACCGGCACCAAGAUUUGUCAAUCAGCUGUCAGAAGAAGUCUGGAAGAGAUGGCGGAGGGGGAUGGAGCGGAGGAGAGGGAGGACGAGGUAGAGGCUCCGCCAGAGGAGGUCGACACUCAGGAGGGGGCCUUAUAUCACUUUGGGCAAUACAGUGAGAUGAGACAAGCCCUUCCCUGGGAGCAAAAGAGCACCUCAGAGAAAUUAGGGUACUUCCUGGACCGAGGUUUCAUGGCCUUUGUCGUCCUGUUCCUGCUGGUGCUGCUAGUGGAGUGUGUGUACAAGUUUUGGUACGUGACAAACGUGGAUAAGAUCGUGGAGUUUGUGUUCGACAUUCUGUCCUGGCUUCUUACCCAGGAGAAGGAUGAGGAGUUGAAUGAACUGUAGGCCUUACGGAAGCUGGGACAAUGCAAUGCCCACCACCACCAUCACCAGUUAAGCAGUUAUUUGGUCAGUGUUUGGUACUUUGCAAUGUAUUGUUUAUAUUGACAUUUUUUAUUUUCUCUCAGUAUUGUUG